AGCAGAACUAGCAAUAGAAACAUCAAGUUUUUAAUCAAUUGUAAUGUCUAUGUCACACAACCCAGGAAAAGAACAGCCAAUUGUUUAUGUUCGGAAGAAAAUCCGGAAGACCAAAAGAAUGGAAGAAAUAUUUGGUAAUGUUGUUACUUCUCCUGCUCAGCAGGAAUUUUCAACGAAAAGAAUAGGUGAAAAAAGCUUUGAACCUUUACAUAAAGAUCACAACAAACUGUUCGGGGAGAAAUGUGUUGCUAAGAAGGAAGCAAAGACUAAAAGGGGAACCAAGUGUUCCAAUAACUCAAAGUCCUUAAAUACUAGACAAUGCAAAGGUAAAUGGGUUGUUUAUUUGAAUUUAAAUUAUUUUCUUAUGUACAUUUUAAGCUCCUUAAAUUCUUUAUGUAUAGGUAGAGGGGCUGCAAAUACUAAAAUUAGUGAUAAUAAAGAGGAAAGGCGCAAAAUCUGGAAUCCUUACACAUCAGAUUUCAACAAAUAUAGCCAAAUUUUGACAACAGAUGACGAGACGUAUUGGAAUCAGCUUGGUCUUGUUGAUGGGAACAUCUACUAUGAGCGUAGCCAAUAUAAAUUAGCAAACGAUUUGGGAGAGACAGCGCAUACGUUUGCACACACAAAUGUUAAUAAUACUUCUUGGGGCACCUCUGAUGCAAAGACAAAGGGGAAAAUGGUUCACCAAGAGAACAACAACGCUAUGGAUUUUGCAGAUUUUUAUGCUCAAAGAGGAAAUAAAGGUAUCAAUAUCUGUGAAAAAAGUGUGAAUUCCAGUUCAGAAGAAAUGGGCAAACUUUUGGGAACAAGCAAUAAUCAUUUUGGUGGCCUACACUUCCAGUUCCAAAAUAUGAACCAAGUGACUCCUAAUUAUUUCCUCAGUGAUAGUAUGAAUGAAAUGAACGCAUGGCGAAGAUAUCAUAAGCCAAGAGCAAUAGUUCAUCCAUCCAAGAUUAUUAGCCCAUCAAGAUUCAGCCAAAACUCUGAUCAGAACAUGCAGAUAACAUCAGAGCCCGCGACAUCGAAUUUCUCUUAUAUGAAAUUGCUAACGGAGGAUGGAAAUGACUCAACAUUGUUUGAAGAAUUACUAAAUGAAAAGCAGUUCGUUAGUACUACUCAGAACAGUUUAUCGUCAGAAGAACAAAGGGUGCAGCAAUGGGACGGCAGCCAAGUAGGAAAUUAUGAGUUUGACAGCUCUUUGCAACAGAUUAAUUUACAAAGUUGUCAAUAUCAAGUGUUGCAGCAAGUACCCCAGCAAAUGUCCUAUAUGGAUCUGCUGACAAGAGAAGAUAUAUCAUGGAUUUUAUUUGCUUGAUUGGGGUUCUGCUAAAAAUGUAUUUUGAUGUUCUUUCUCCUUGAAUUGGUUGUUGUAUUUAGUUCUUGAUCGUGUAGUUGACCAAUUAUCAAAGACGAAUUAGAUGGACAAACUAGCAUAUGAGGAAAAAGAAUUGAACUAGGAAAUACUGUUGGAAAAAGAACUGAAUCUUUUUUCUUUUCUGCUUACUAUUUUCCCAUCCUUUUCGUCUGUUCCCUAUUUUUAUUCAUCUUUUUAAUAGUGUUCAGCCAAUCCAAUGAUACUUCUGAUUUCCCUGAGUUUGAGGCAGUUUUGGCCUGGUAUCAGAAGUUCACUUCGUACUUUCCCAAUUGUAGGAUUUGUAUUGAUAAUCAACAUUUCAUCAUUGAU